GGCGCUGGAAGCGGAAGUGCUGCACACACGCGCGUGUCGUUUUCAUUCAUUGCGGGAGAUCGCAGGAGUUCAGUGUGAAAUUAACAAUAAUUAGAGAUCAUAAUGAUUAAAGAGAACCGCUGGAAUAUCCCGGUAAACGCUCCGGCGUGUAUGGAGAGACACCUGGACGCGGCGGAUUACAGAACAGACGGCGCGCUGCUGCUGGGCGCGUCCAGUCUGUCGGGUCGCAGCUGGCAGGGCUCCGUGUGGGUGUACAGUGACCCCAAACUGGCCCCCAGCGAGGGCUUCUGUAAGGCGGGCGUUCAGACUGAAGCUGGAGUCACGGACGCGCGAUGGAUCUCGGAGCGCGCGCUGCUGCUGGCGUCAGACGCGGGUUCGGUGGAAUUCUGGGAGCUGGCGGAGGACGAGCGUCUGCUGGUGAACCGCUUCAGUGCGCACGAGCACGAUGAUGCGGUGACGGGCGUGAGUGUGUGCGCGGGCGCGCGUCACGCCGUCAGCUGCGGUGCGGACUGCAGGAUCAAAGUGUGGGAUCUGAACCAGGAGAGUGUCAUCAGCUCCUAUACAGCUCACUCUCUGCCGGUCAGCGGUGUGUCGUGUUCUCCUGCAGACGAGUCUCUCUUCCUGUCAUGUGCUCAGGACGGACGACUGCUGUUGUGGGACCGACGGAAAGACAAACCUGCCUCUCGCCUCGACGUGGUCUCUCCCAGCUGCUCUCCCACCGCCGUGGUCUGGCACCCUCAUCAGAGCAGCACUAUCGCAUACGGUGAUGAGCUGGGCCGUGUGACUCUGAGAGAUCUGCAGACGUCAGACGCCGUACGGACGACACACGCUCACAGCCGCAGGGUCUCCAGACUGGCCUUCUCCUCAGACAGUGCACCUCUCCUGGCCUCUAUCAGUGAUGAUUGCUCCGUUGCCGUGGUUACUGCAGAGCUCAGAGAAAUUUUCAGGGACCGGCGGCACCAGGACUUCGUGCGCGGCGUGUGUUGGGUCCCGGGCGGCUCGGCCGUGUUGACCACCGUGGGCUGGGACCAUCAGGUGCUGCACCACAGCGCGGGCCGACAGACGCCUGCGCCCUAGAGCAUCAUGGGAAACCACUCCCAUCUCUGUUGUGUGUCUCCAUCACAUACGCUCAUGAUUCAUGAGUUUCCGUAGCAGAACAUGUUAUUAAUAACAGAAUGACUGUUUUGAUUAUGCUGUUUUUUCACACCUUCAGAAAAACACUUUCACGGUUCAAUAAAGUUUCUGUCAUCUGUU